CGACAAGUUAAAAGGUUCUUACACAAACUAUAGUAAAGCUAAAGCUUGUCCAUGUUACCACAUUCAAGAACUGCAAUACCUGCUCUUAAUUCACCCAGGAAAUUUCUAUGUACGUAUACAAAUGUUUGUUUUAAUUUAGGAAGAAGCAAAAGUAAAUCGAAAGCGUGUAUCAAAUUUCACUGCCGAUGAAAAGGCUAUAUUAGGGCAACUAAUAAAGAAGCGGCCUAUUAUAGAAUCGAAGCAUACGGAUGGAAAAUCAAUUUUGAGAAAGAAAGAAGCUUGGGAUUUGCUUACGAAUGAGUUCAAUUCAAAUUCGAAUGUCUACAAGCGUGAGACGGUUACAUUAAGGAGGGCGUGGGAAAAUAUGAAGGCAGUCGCACGAAAGGCUCGGGCAGUAGAAAGGGGUAAUUUAUUUCGAACGGGCGGUGGGCCACCGGUGCCAUCAACAUCACGGCAAGUAGAAGCAAUAGUGGACAUGGUGGAAGAGGCUGCUCCCGCAAUGAUUUGCGAAAUCUCCAACAACUUUGACAGCGAUGGGGCAAUUUUGCUAAACAUGGAAAAUAGCCAAUCUAGCUCCAUUGAGUUUUUAGAUAUGAUCACGGAAGCAAAUGAGGAAUCCGACGUAAACUUUAAAGCCAUAAGCAUAAAUUAUGAAGGUGAACCAAAUGUUGCAGUACACAGUAAUGAAACUGGCCACCAACAAAAAGUGGAAAAGGAGCAAGUACGCAGACCAAGCGACUGCGUUCGGCGGGAGGCAGCAUUACGGGUAAGGUACCUAGAGAAGAGAGAGAAGCUUAAGCUUGAAUUAGUCAAAACACAGUUGGAAGUUGAGCAAAUAAAAAAAAGAGCAGCCUUGUUGGAAGAGCAAAAAAAACCAAGUAUCACUACAAAAGGCUAAAAUAGAUUUUGAAGAGGCAAAAAAAAAUCGUUCAAUAAAUUAAAGACAUAGUUAAUAUUUCAACAUCUAAAGACUUUUAUUUGU